GGCAACAUACAAUAGAGAGAUACAUUCAUUUGGGAUUGAUACACUUCCUGCAUAUACACGACAUUCACUCAGUAUAUCAUCAAAAGGACAGACAUUCUUCAAGGAUACGCGUCGCAUUGAGAGCAGAGUGCAGCGGAAAAGACGUCAGUGCCCACGGGACGAGACGAGUUCUGAACCUCACCGCGUUCGACAGACGACACGACGACGCCUCUCUCUUCCUCUGUCUCUACCACCACGAUACACUCAUUCGACCUCUACUCGCCCUUUGCGAUACCUCCUUCCUUCCACACUGCUGGCCAGUCUCUUCCACCCAGCAUGGAGACAAUAACGACCACCGCGUACUCGACCGCUCCCAAGCGCGCCCAACCGACCACGCGUACAGUGCAGCCAGCCGUUGCUGAAUCGUCGCAUCACCACCACCACAUCGCCGACAACUCCAACACGACGACCACCUCACCCUCCCUCUCUCAAGACUCCUACAUCAGCGGCUACAGCAGUCACAACGAAAACACACCCAAACUCCACUCCAGCCACAGCAAUCUGUCGCAAUUAACCAACAACACCGACCUGACCGAGCCCGACAUCUCCUCUCAAGAGUCUCAACCCAGCAAAAUCUCUCGCGAGCGAACUCCCGACAAUGGACAACACACCACCGGCGACUUCGCCCUGGCCUCUCCUAUGAGCAUCGCAUCGCCUGUCGCUCCUACAAUAAACGGCUCCAAGCGCACGGCAUCUGGACACGUCAAAUCCGCAGCGUCCCUCUCUACACCCUCUUCAAUGUUCCCACCAACAUCUACCCGUUCCCGCCGCGAAUCCACCGCCUCGUCCGCCGGUUCCCGCGCAGGCGAACUCGCCGCUUCGUUGAAAGAACGACUCGGCUAUGCGAUGGCCAAAGUUCAACACGGAUGGGAACACAAGUCGCUGAACGAAGUCGAGCAACUAGCCGCGAGUCGCGAACGGAAUAAUCGCACUGCCAAUCGUUACAGCGCGAGCUAUCUCGACGGUCGACCGCAGACGAGCGGACUAUCCGGCACGACAGCGAACAUGUCUAUCAACGAGGGAAUGUACGCCGAGGAGCCUUACUGCUCGACCACUUCUCCUCCUGCAAAGCGGAGAUCAGGACACUACAACUUCUCCUUCCCCAUGACCUCCACCGCAAAUUCUUAUGAACAACCACCUCAUCUCUCCGCUCCACGUCUCGAUCCAGCGCCAGAUCUCAGUCCCGUUUCCCACACAGCUUCCCACCAUCGCAAACCCAGCAACGCGUAUACAGCCACAUCAUCAGCGAUGUCUCCUCCUCGAACGCCAGUUGCGGGAGGAGGGAGGGAAAGACCCACGACAUUGCGAACGCAGACCCAAACGAUGGAAGCGGAGAGGGAUGCGAUUAUGGUGUUGUCGCAACUGGGAUCUCCGAGGACGGUGCGGAGGGAGGAUAGUGGAGGGAGUCUGGUUAGUGCGGGACGAUGA